UAAUACCAUUUGGAUGAUUAACUAUGAUUGUUUCAGACAGAAAAUGGUGCGAGCACUUCGACGAAAACCCUCAAAUAUCACGCCCAGGAUGAAAGGUGUAUCACAUGGGAUAAAAAAGCCGAAAAUCAAGACAACGAAGACGAAAGUCGCCUCUGCCUUGGUCUCUACAACAGCCUCGGUACCAUCCUCUACAGCAGCCUCUGCACUGUCCUCGAAAAGAGUUGUACUAAGUUCUAUUGUGAACUAUAUUCCACCCAAACGUCAAACCCGAGCUAGAACUAUUGAUAUGAAUGAAAACCAAAGCGAAGAUGAUAAUGAUGAUGAUGAAAAAGAUGGUAAUUAUGAGAGUGAAAGUGAGGAUGAGAGUAAAAUCAAGAAAAAGAAACCCAAACAGCAGGAGAAAGUGAAUAUAGAACAUGCCGAAUUAUCAGAAUUUGAGAAACUCAGAUUGAAAAAUAUCCAGAAAAUGCAAAGUAUGAUGUCAGGAAUUCUUGAAUCUAAAACAAAGUUAUUUUCUGCUUCCAAGAAGUCAGCAGCUUCGAAGCGUGGACUGCUGACUAAUCCUAAACCUAAGGAAGUUUUACCACCGAGGAAAUCCUCUAGAUUAAGCGGUGGAAUGGUUGCAGAGAUAUCAAGAUAUGCACCAGAGCCAGUGGAAGAAAAGGAAAUCUUAACCCUCCCUCUCAAGACUUUGGAAUUACAGGAUACCCUGAAGAAUGGAGAUGAUGAGAGUGAGCUGAAGAGUGCUCGAGAGUUUCUGGAAAAUAUCUCCUUCAACCUGAAAUCUGAAUCUGACAUAGCACGGAUGAAUGGAUCAGAAGAAAAGGAAAAAGGUGAUUACGAGGCAAGAUUUGAGAAGAUGACAAUUAACGAGGAAAGAGUUGUGAAGAUUGUGCCAGAUCGUAUCUUUUCCAUGGCGAUACAUCCCUCCAGUCACAAGGUUCUGGUGAGUGCUGGGGCGAAAUGGGGAGGUGUUGGGCUCUGGGAUGUUGCCGAUACUUCAUCCAAGGAACAUGGAGUACACUCAUUUACCCCACAUACACGACCAGUCAACUGCAUGAGUUGGGACAGGUACAACAGCAACCAGCUGGUUACCACUAGCUACGAUGGUACUACAAGAGUGCUGGACACUGAGAAGAUGCAACAUAGACUUGUGUAUGGGGAUAAGGAUUUCAUCGAGGGAGGUGGAUAUAUGACAGCUCACAGUCAGAUCGACGCUUUUACCUACCUUGUAGCCAAGGGUGGGAGUGGAUGUGUAGGACUGGUAGAUACACGAACCGGUUUUGAUAAAACAGUACAGGAGUAUAGAAUUUUCAACCCGCGGACCAGUCCUAAAUGUAUCGAUGUUCAUCCGGUCCAAUCCAAUAUAUUCAUGUCUGCCAAUGCUAAAGCCGGAUGCUUCAUAUAUGAUACUAGGAACCAGGGGAAGAAAGGUUUGAUGGAUCCUAUCUGUGAACUGACAGGGCAUACAAAAUCUGUAAGUAGUGCUCUGUUCAGUCCUAUCACGGGAAAUAAGGUGCUAACUAUCAGUUAUGAUGACAAGCUGCGCCUGUUUGACACAAGCAAGUUUGAGGCUCAACUCAGAGGAAAGGAGACGCGGCACAAUAACCAGACGGGUCGUUGGCUUACACCUUUCAAGGCACGUUGGCAUCCUGGAAAUGACGAUCUGGUUUUCACCGGCAGCAUGGGUCGUCCUAGAGAGAUGGAGGCCUGGCAGGCCGGCUCCACCUUGUCUAGGAUCUUCUCCUUCACGGGGGAGCAUCUGCAGAGUAUUUGUUCUAUUAUCGACUUCCAUCCUACUCUAGAUGUUCUUGUAGGAGGGAAUAGCUCAGGACGUGUACAUGCUUUCAUUAGUUAACGUUUUCUGUCCUUCACUCUACACGCCCUCGUAACAAGAAAAGUUCUAGAUUUGUCCCAUUUCCUGUCCUAUCCUGCUCUUGACGAUAUGAAAAGUUGAGAACAUGUCCUUUGAUCGAUUAGAUUUAAAACCUGACAAAGUCCAAUUCCUGUGUCCUAUUACGAUUAAUUGUCAUAUGUAAAUUAUAUUCAAGUUUGAAGAAAAAUCCUAGUUUCUUAGUUUGUUUAUCAGAAAGUCCUCAAAAAGAGGUUGUGUAAUCUUUCUUUCCAGUAUUUUUUUGUCAAUGCUGAUCUAAAAUCCAUAAAUCUCGAGAUCUAAUAACUUUAAAUUGACAAACAAGAUAGAAAUCCAUCCUGACAUUGGUAAAUCUGUUAAUUUGGUGUCACAAUCAACAUUACUCAACUUCUUGAUCAAGACUUACAGCUAUAGAACUGUAGUAUUAUGUACAUUGUACCUGUUCACGUAGUGAAAUAUUUUCAAUAUGUGAUUGAAUACGCUUAGAAUCAUUUAUGUAUCAUUUUGUGUUUUUCCUAAUGGACCCUCGUAGUCAAUAUUGUUAUACUGAACCUAGCAUGCAGAUUUGAUUCUCGUUUGUCAGGUUAAAUUGGUAUCAAAAUCUGUAAAAUAAAAUCUUAGUAUAAAGUA